AAUUAUAAUAUUAGUUAAUUAUUAAAAUGAAUUUUUAUUCCUGCAACAGCUGCUUCUGCUACAACUGCAGCCCCGACUACAACUGUAGCUCCAACUACAACUGCAGCCAGAACUACAACCGCAGCCCUGACUACAACCGCAGCCCACACUACAACUGCAGCCAGAACUACAACCGUAGCCCUGACUACAACUGCAGCCAGAACUACAACCGCAGCCCUGACUACAACUGCAGCCAGAACUACAACUGCAGCCAUGACUACAAGUGUAGCUCCCACAACAGCAACUGCUGGUCCAAGCUCUAUUCCAGUCAAUAG